GGGAGGAGUGGCAGGCAGAGCUUAUGCAGGCAGAGGAAGCCAUGAAGGAGACAUGCGGAAUUUAUUUGGAGAACCAGCCGCGGAGGCGCUACGGGAUCACUUCUCCAAUUAGCUUGGCAUUUCCAAGGGACAUAGAUCGCAUCAACACAGAGAAGCUGAUCGAAGCCAUGAAGCCUUUUGGUGUGUUUGAAGACGAGGAAGAGCUGAAUCGCAGGUUAGUUGUUCUGGACAAACUAAAUAAUCUGGUCAAAGAGUGGAUUGUGGAAGUUGGUAAAAAUAAGAACCUCCCCCCUUCAGUGUCAUUGAGUUCCAGUGGCAAAAUAUUGACGUUUGGCUCCUAUCGGCUUGGAGUACACACGAAAGGUGCUGACAUAGAUGCUCUCUGUAUUGCCCCCAGGCACGUGGAAAGAUCAGACUUCUUCCAGUCAUUCUUUGAAAAGCUGAAAAUUCAAGAUGGCAUCAGAAACUUAAGAGCAGUCGAAGACGCAUAUGUGCCAGUAAUAAAAUUUGAAUUUGAUGAUAUUGAGAUCGAUCUUGUGUUUGCAAGGCUGCCGCUGCCCACCAUUUCUGAUAACCUGGAUCUUCGAGAUGAUUCAAGUCUGAAAAGCCUCGAUAUAAGAUGUAUUCGAAGCUUAAACGGUUUCAGAGUCACUGAUGAGAUACUUCAUUUGGUACCAAACAAGGAGAACUUCAGGCUGACACUCAGGGCAAUUAAACUGUGGGCGAAACGACGUGGCAUUUAUUCCAAUAUGCUGGGAUUUCUUGGUGGUGUUUCUUGGGCCAUGCUGGUGGCGAGGACGUGCCAGUUGUACCCGAACGCUUUGGCGUCAACGCUGGUCCAUAAAUUCUUUGUGAUCUUUUCAAAUUGGGAAUGGCCCACUCCUGUCUUGUUAAAAGAACCUGAAGAGAGCAAUCUCAACUUGCCUGUUUGGGACCCCAGGGUAAACCCAUCUGACCGGUAUCAUCUGAUGCCCAUCAUCACACCAGCCUACCCUCAGCAGAAUUCGACUUACAAUGUGUCCACUUCAACCCGAGCCAUAAUGGUAGAAGAAUUCAAACACGGUCUCGUGGUCACAGAUGAGAUUUUUCAAGGAAAGUCGGACUGGCCAAAGCUACUGGAACCACCCAAUUUUUUCCAAAAAUACAAGCAUUACAUCGUACUGACAGCCAGUUCUUUCACUGAAGAGCACCAUUUGGAAUGGGUCGGCCUAGUAGAAUCCAAAAUCCGUGUACUUGUUGGAAACUUGGAGCGGAAUGAAUUUAUUACCCUCGCACAUGUCAAUCCACAAUCCUUUCCUGGGAAUAGGACACAACCUAAAGAGAGUGAUUAUGUGUCUUUGUGGUUUCUGGGAAUAAUUUUCAAGAAAGCAGAGAAUGCGGAGAGCGUAAACAUUGACUUGACCUAUGAUAUCCAGUCAUUCACCGAUACAGUUUACAGACAAGCCAACAAUAUCAACAUGUUGAAAGAAGGCAUGAAGAUUGAAGCUACUCACGUGAAGAAGAAGCAGCUCCACUAUUACAUACCAGCAGAUUUGUUGCAGAAGAGGAAGAAGAGUAUGCCGGAUGUUGGGCGCCACACUCGGCUGGUGUUGAAAAGGACAUCUUUGGACAACGGCUCCCUGUACGCUUCUAGGGACACCGAAGAUGCAACGCAGCUCAAAGGUCUUACUUCAUUUGGUGGUCUAGCAAAUCCCAGCAGUCAGUCUCUUUCAAAAGAAUUAGAAAGGCCAGCUGUCUUUCAGAGAACCACCUUCUUUGCAAGUAGAGAGGAUCCACUGAAAGUAAUUCAACCUCCGGUGUCUUCUCAAGGGAUGUCCAUUCCAACUGUCCCUUCGCGUGGAGCAGACACAGCACCACCUCCUGGGAUCCAGAGCAUUUCCAUGGGCUUUGAGCAGAGUACAAUUCCUGCAACUAUUGAGCCCAUUUCUGCUGAUUCCUUGGAGUGCCAGGACGACAUGGCUUCUGCGAGCAUUAAAAAUAGUUCCGCACAGAAACGGGUUCAUUCGCCUGCCGCAGGAGAGGCUCUGAAACGGCUGAAAGAUACAGAGAAGCAAAGCCUUGGAAAAACUAUGCCUGUUCAAACAAUUGGUACACUAAGAUCACAGCGGCUUCCUAGUAAAGAACUCCCGGAUUCAUCUUCACCGGUUCCAGCAAGUAGCAUUCGCGUUGUGAAAAACUCCAUCCGAUUGACUCUUAACAGAUAGCAGUCCUUCUUCGGGAAAAGGUACUGCACAGACUUGAGCUGCCAUUGAAUGUUUCAAGCUUCCAUUUCUAAAACCCGUGGCCUGUGGGCAAACUUCUAAUGCAUUCCCUGGGACGACUACCUUUAUUUCCACUCUGCAGAUGCAUAGAUUUAUUUUAAGACUUGGGUUUGAAUUAUUUUGUGUUG